AACUGUCCCCAAAGAAAUGGAGGGGAAAAGAACAAUAAAGGAAACACUUCACACUUCAACAUGCUAUGUAAGGAAAGACUGCUGAAAGGAAAUCUUGCAGGGAAUUUUAUCCCUUUGAACUUUCAAAUAAACUCGUAAGUAAGAUUAUGCAAACUUACUAAAGACCGGUCCUGAUUAGAGGGAAAAAAAUGCACCCCUUCUCCAAGUCAGUUCUGGAGGCUUUCUCCAGAGUUGUUAGGUUUGUGUUGGGUAAAGACAGACGUUCUAACAAACCAACAUUCUUUUCCACAUGAUCAGAGCUAAUUGGCCCCCCUGCAGACUAAGUGACCAAUCACAUCAGCUUCAUCUGAAACCAGCCCCCACAGUAUUAUAAACAGAGGAAUGUGAACUGUAAACCCAGUCCAAGAAGAGAACCUACAAACUAGACGUGUAGAUUAAAAUUACCUCAUCAAAAAGACAGACCUGCAAAUUUCCUCAAGACCUACCUGUGCAUACAGGCUGACCCAUCAAAAGAACUGAAUUACAGCUGACAAUGGAUGGCAAUAACUGCAAAGUUAUUGCUCCUCUCCUAACUCAGAGAUACCGGAGGAUGGUCACCAAGGAUGGCCACAGUACACUUCAAAUGGAUGGUGCUCAAAGGGGUCUUGCAUAUCUUCGAGAUGCUUGGGGAAUCCUAAUGGACAUGCGCUGGCGCUGGAUGAUGCUGGUCUUUUCUGCUUCUUUUGUUGUCCACUGGCUUGUCUUUGCAGUGCUCUGGUAUGUUCUAGCUGAGAUGAAUGGUGAUCUGGAACUAGAUCAUGAGGCCCCACCUGAAAACCACACUAUCUGUGUCAAGUACAUCACCAGUUUCACAGCUGCGUUCUCCUUCUCCCUGGAGACACAACUCACAAUUGGUUAUGGUACCAUGUUCCCCAGUGGUGACUGUCCAAGUGCAAUCGCCCUACUUGCCAUACAAAUGCUUCUAGGCCUCAUGCUAGAGGCUUUUAUCACAGGUGCCUUUGUGGCGAAGAUCGCCCGGCCAAAAAAUCGAGCUUUCUCAAUUCGCUUUACUGACUUAGCAGUAGUAGCUCACAUAGAUGGCAAACCUAAUCUUAUUUUCCAAGUGGCCAAUACUCGACCUAGCCCGCUAACCAGUGUUCGGGUCUCAGCUAUACUCUAUCAGGAAAGAGAAAACGGCGAACUCUACCAGACCAGUGUGGACUUCCACCUUGACGGCAUCAGUUCUGAGGAAUGUCCAUUCUUUAUCUUUCCACUAACCUACUAUCACUCCAUUAUACCAUCAAGUCCUCUGGCUACUCUGCUCCAGCAUGAAAAUCCUCCCCACUUUGAAUUAGUUGUGUUCCUUUCGGCAAUGCAGGAAGGCACAGGAGAAAUAUGCCAAAGGAGGACAUCCUACCUACCCUCCGAGAUCAUGUUACAUCACUGUUUUGCAUCUUUGUUGAUCCGAGGUUCCAAAGGUGAAUAUCAAAUCAAGAUGGAGAAUUUUGACAAGACUGUUCCUGAACUUCCAACUCCUCUGGUCUCUAAGAGCCCAAACAGGACUGAGAUGGACAUCCGUAUCAAUGGACAAAGCAUUGACAAUUUUCAGAUCUCUGAAACAGGACUGACAGAAUAAGAUGUAUCCAUGGCACCCUAUUUUUUAAUAUAUUAAAUACACCCAGCCAGUUAUGCAGCUACUUUUCCUUCAUCGUAUCUCAUGUUUUCUUUUUCUCAAUGCUGACUAUAAUUCUCUGAUUACAUCAUGGUAAUCAAGCCUAUGCCCAUUAAAAAAUGGCUGAGCUAACAAUACACAUUCUGGAAAUAUAAACAUUCUACUUUGUAAUUACAAAGUUUGUACCUGUGGUUAUCUGCUGAAAUCAAUGCAUCUCAACAUGACAAAGAUUAUACAGAAUUGUUGGUGAAUUUAUAAGGAUGUGGUAUACCAGUAAUGAAAGUAAAAUGGACACUGAAGUUUAACAUAGCAGAACUCUAAGAAAAUAAACCAUAAAUCUCAUUUUCAACUGCAAGUUGAAGCAACAGUCUAGUUUCAAACCUAACUCCCGGGUAGAAUGAUGAUUUCACAACACUUAGUGGAAUCCUUUUAAAAUUUAUUUUUUCAAGCCAACAAGAUCAUUUCUUUGGGUCUUUAGACUACAAAACCGGGGUAAGUAUUACUUCCUUAAUUUUUAACAGCUAAGAACAAAAAUUCACAAGAAAAAUAGUAAACUAUAGAUUUAUACAUAACUCUAAAAGCAUCUCAGCAUGACACCCAAACACAUGCAGAUGUUUGUGGCCCAACAUAGUAAGAGCAAGUAAAACAGCUCUAGCCCAAACGGAACCUGUAGGGUGGUAUUUUUAGUAAGGAAACAAAAAAUUGCAUCUACUAUGAAGCUACCCUGCAUAAAAAUCAAUUAGUGAUUUAAAAAUUAAUCAACUAUUCAUCUAAAUGCCAAAAACUUUCCAUUCUUACCUGUGAUCCAUUCAAUUGCAUAAAAAAACCCUCUAAAUAACUCAUAAAUGUAAACAUAUUUGAAUUUUUAUAAAGAUUUAGUUAGAUAUAAUGAAAUAGGGGGAAAAAAUCCCUAAUAGAUAAAGCAAAAAAUAAUUAGGCAACGAAGUAUUUUCAAAUCCAAAUUCCUGUUUCCAACUUCAAAUAGUUUUUUCUAUAAACACAAAUGAGUGUUUAUUCACCAGUAGGAGGUUGGACUAGAGGAACUUGUAUUCCUUUCCAAAUCUAAUAACACUCCAAGAAAAUUAUGCUCUCUCUGCUUCAUUUUUUAUUUUAUAUAUAUUAAGAUGAACCUUUUCCCUUACCUCCAAGUUGAGACUACCCUUUGCAUACUCUUCAUUUCAAUAAAAGUAUCAAACUGUCUUCAAACAAAACAAGAACCAGAAAGUCACCUAUCAGAUUUCAAACAGAUUUGUAGCUGCUCUUCUUUUCUGAAAUUCCCCUUAUCAGGUUUAGUGGGAAAAGUGAAAGAUUAACCCUCCCUACUGGUGAUGACCCAGGCAGGAAACAUAUCUUGAAAUAAAUACUAGCUGAGUAAAGGCAAGCAUUCGUGAAGAGCAGGGCACAGCAGCAAGUCACAUUUUUCUACUCUUUGACCAAAAGGAAAAGAAAAUAAAGAAGAACUUUGGAGUGUUCUAAGACAGAAUAGCAGAACAUCAAGGACAUAGAAACUUUAUUAUUGUGGACUUUUGCUGUUUGAAAAUCCUAGGCAUUCUUAAGUACUAGACAGACCAACAGAUUUUUUUCCAACCCAAGACUGCUGAAUUCAUAUUUCUAUAAUAAAGUAACAAGAUUCACCUAACAUGUGAAAAUAAAAUAGUAUCGAAGAUUUACAUGGUAUGUUUUUUCCUAAGAGCUCUAUGUCAGUUACACAGAUCACAAUUCCAACAGUUAAGUGAAAGUGCCCAAAGCGACACAAAGAAGGAAGAAACACCUGGAUCUGCGCCCUUAUGGGUGCAGCAUGUUCUGCACACAAGUCAUAUGAGUUUCUUAGUAUGCUACUUACACAUAAAUUUUGCAUCUGAAAACUAGACGUUAA